GUGGGAGACUCGGGAUCGGCCACUCCGGAAGAGAUAGAGAGACUCCGGCAAAUAAUCGGGAAGAAACGACACCUACUGAUCGGAAAAGGGAACACCUUACCCCCGGCGGCCAAGGGCGUCGUGUGCGAUAUCGAUGUUGGAAAUGCGAGACCGAUCGCACUGCGAACCCGGAAAGUGCCCACGCGAUUUCGCGAAAAAGUCGCAGGCCUGAUCAAGGGUCUCCUGGCAGCCGAGAUCAUCCGACCCUCGACAUCACCAUGGGCCUCGCCGAUCGUAAUCGUUCAGAAGAGUAACGGGGUGGAUAUCAGAUUGUGCAUUGAUUACAAGCUGGUAAACAGCCUCACGAGGCUGAUGGUCUACCCUAUGCCCCUGAUCAGCGACCUACUAGAGGAUCUGGACAAAGCACUAUGGUACUGCUCGUUAGAUAUGGCCAGCGGUGUCUGGGUCGUGCUCAUGACGGAUCGGGCUCGCGAGAUCUCAGCAUUCAUUACCCCGUUCGGACUAUUCGAAUGGAUUCGCAUGCCUUUUGGUCUUAAGAAUGCCCCACCACAACGCGCUGUAAAGGUCUCGCGAUCCGGCGAUGCUGGGGCCACAACGGAUGUGUUCCAGACCGGACUCGCGGACGAUCCUGAUCGCGAGUCGGUGUUGGGUCGGAGAUCGUACAUCGACGACAUCGUGAUCGCAGCGGAAUCGUGGGACCAAAUGUGCCGAAGAGUGGAGGAUCUGUUAGAGGCUUGUGAUAAUUUUUGGGGCAUGGAUAAGGUAGGAUAUCUGGGACAUCGAGUGUCGAUCGGAGGUUUAGAAGCGAGCCCGAAAGACCUGAAAUCGCUAACCGAUCUGCCGUUCCCCGGUUCUCUACGAUCUAUGCAGUCGUUCCUGGGCAGUAUAAAUUACUACAGCCGGUUCAUCGAAGACUAUGCAAUCUAUGCCUCGGUACUCUACAAAUUACGGGAAGUGGAGUUUGCAGAACUGGUAGUUUGCAGAACUGGAGAAACGAUCAGAUCUGAGGGAGAGCUUGGAUCGGAAUGA